UUCAUCUCUUAAAUUACCAAAUCGUCACCGAAUACUUAUAUCAACGCAGUGGAUGCAUCCAACGGUUAAAAUCGGAGGACUUCUUUAUUAUACAUAAAUGUUUCAAUUGAAUUCAAAUUGUAAAUCAAAAAAGUGGCAGGGGCUGAAAGCAAAUGAGUAGCUAAUCCAGAAAAAUGUAAAAUGCCGCCAACGCAACAAACUCAGUUGUUGCUGAACAUUUCCAUCAAUAAAAGUACCGAUGUUACGUUAACUAGCGUUUCCACCUCAAUUAGCACAGUUGUACCUGCCUCUGUAAUAACUACCGCUUUCGUCACUACAUCUACAAUUAAUAGUAGCCAGCGGGAAACUCUCGAUGAGUGCAGCAACUCUGUAGAUGCUGAAAAGGUAUACUGGAGUCAUUUCGGUAUACAGCUAGCUGUUCCAGAGUUGGAGGCCAUUCUCACAACAAUUGUACUCUCCGUUAUAAUUGUGCUAACCAUAAUUGGAAACAUACUAGUCAUUCUAAGCGUAUUUACCUAUAAGCCCUUGAGAAUAGUUCAAAACUUUUUUAUUGUAUCAUUAGCAGUGGCAGAUCUCACAGUUGCAUUGCUCGUAUUGCCGUUCAACGUAGCUUACUCGAUUCUCGGUCGAUGGGAAUUCGAUCGAUACUGGGCCAUAACAGAUCCAAUUAAUUAUGCACAAAAGAGAACAGUAGGACGAGUUCUACUUUUGAUAGCUGGUGUGUGGAUUUUGUCUUUAGUAAUCAGUUCACCACCGCUUGUAGGUUGGAAUGACUGGCCAGACGAAUUUACCAGCACCACUCCUUGUGAAUUAAACUCAGAUCGUGGUUACGUGAUAUACUCAUCAUUGGGAUCAUUUUUUAUUCCGUUAGCUAUUAUGACUAUUGUAUACAUCGAAAUCUAUAUCGCAACCAGGCGACGAUUACGGGAGCGUGCCAAAGCUUCGAAAAUAAAUACUAUGGCAAGGAAAAGUGCAGACAUUGAGACAGUGAUCUUGAGCAACGCAAAUGAAAGACAAGAAAACUAUGAUUUCAGUUCUCUGUGCUUGGCCAUGUUGAGUUGUGGAAAAGUUUCGACUCAACCCACAUCCGCUAUCAAAAUACAAAAUGAUCAAGACUCUAUAAGUAGUGAGGCACAUGUAAAUAACGAGGCACUAACUAAGGAUAAUAUCCAAGAAAUGGAGCAGCGUGUAGUUCCACAACGAAAGAAACCUCGUCGUGCGAAAAUAAAAGACUCCAUUAAACAAAGAAAAAUGCGAGCACGGAAGAACAAACAGGGCGACGGCGAUAAACCUUAUGGCAAUAAAACUCCCGCUGUUGUGGAUACAAUUGGAGCAGAACAGAUACUGGUUGUGGUUGGUGAAAACAAAUGCUUAGAAAAUAGCGAGAUUUUAGCUGGCAAUAACAGUGAUCAUAAAGGAGGCACAGGCGGCACAGGGCCAAUCGAUGUGAUCAAUGACGAAAAUACACCGCCGCAAUCAUCGACAGGCGCCACCUCAUCGGCCCCACCGUUGCAGAAAAAACCUGCCGGUGUAUACCAGUUCAUAGAAGAAAAACAGAAGAUAUCGUUGUCAAAGGAACGACGAGCGGCACGCACACUAGGCAUUAUUAUGGGUGUAUUUGUUAUAUGUUGGCUGCCCUUCUUUCUGAUGUACGUCAUCCUGCCCUUCUGUGGCAGUUGUUGUCCCACGAAUAAAUUUAAGAACUUUAUAACUUGGCUGGGCUAUAUAAAUUCAGGGCUGAAUCCAGUUAUUUACACAAUAUUUAACUUGGAUUAUAGGCGAGCUUUUAAAACACUUCUCGGAUUUAAGUGAAAAUAGUUUAAUAAUUAUUGUGAAAUCAUUGAUAGCUUUUGCGUAUUGUUGUUUUACGUUGAUUGUUGUUUUGAGAUGUUAAGGUGAACGAACUGAAUGGAGCUCUCAACAAACGAUCAAUAACUUAACUAUUAAUAAAUGUACUUGUAAAAUUGUAUUCGUCCUAGUGUAGCUCCAAAUUGAGAUUUUAUGGAUAAACUUAUGUAUGGAUUAGAGGGCUGCAAAUAUUCAUUCAAAACGGCAUAUGAAUCGUUCAUAUUCAAAACGAAUGAAUGAUUUUGGCUUAAAAUGUUUUUCAAUUUGAGUGAA